AUGGGCGUCAGAAAAAGAAUAGCCCCUGCCACCCAAGCGCACUAUCGCCUGCGCGCCACGAAACUAAGACAAGAGAAAAGGCUAGAACAACUCAAUGGCACAGAAGAUGCUGACAUGGGAGAAGCCCCGGAGGUCUGCGAGACCGCGACCGCGUCUCCUCGAGAGCCCACCAAUGUGAUAGGCUACGCCUAG